GCAGGGAGUGGCUGUAUAAGUUUGUUGUUGGGAGUGAUUGGGUAUUGGAUGAGACGAAAGAAGCAGGUAAGUUAUAUUAUGUUAUGGUUUAUGUGGUUCCGAGGGCAGCGGGGGAGGGUUUGGCACGGACGGAUCAACCGCAUGCGACGGAUUCUCGGACUGUACGGGAUGUAUGCGCCGUCGACACUCGACAACAAACCCGUACCAACUCACCAACCACCUUACAGCAAUCAAGACCUUCGCGAUCACCACCAAUCACCUCCAACUUCAUUACCGCCUUGCCAGGUUUGGGAGUACGAUGGCUAUGUGCGAUUGCAACGCGUUCGCCGAACUGGACGGGGUGUAUGAAACCUCGACACCCACCACUGGCCUUGACAAUCUC